CAUUAUGAAAGUAUAGUCACGUAUCUAAACAGUUGAACGGAGGAAUUAAUGCGGAAAUACGUGUGCAACUCAAUCGUAUUGGGAUCACGGAAGCGCCGGUGAUUACGCACCGGAAUAUUCAUGGGGGCGUCGCGACGACCACCGCCUCCGACGUUUUCCUAAUCAAUCGAUGCUGCCGCCAACGAAUGCCAACCUAAAACGUACGCUUUUCCUGACAGAUGCCGCCGUUAUAGAUUUUUUUUGUUUAUUCGAGUGAGUGCUUUAUUUAUACAUCUAAUAAAGGAUACCGGUGAAAAAAAAGGUAUCGAACUUCCUGAAAUUAUCCCCGCCCAUCCGCUUCCUCGCCGGAAGUGCAAACUCAAUCGAUUUCCGUUUUUUUUUUUUGCAAUAAUUUUUUUUUAAUAAUUUUCUUGCGUUCCCGCAGCGACGACAAUGGAAGAGACCGUGGAAAAUUUGGAAAAACAGAUGGAGAAGGCUGGCGAGAAAUUGGACAAUUUAGCUUUGCAGGUGGGAAACAUAGAGUCGGAGAUAUUCGCAGAAGAGGGCAACCAAAUAGAGGUGUUCUCGCUGUUGAAGUCGGUUAACGAGGUGAAGAACAACUACCAGAAUCUGCGGAAAGAGUUGUCCGACGUGCAGGAUCUGCAAAAGCAGGUGAGCAGCUCGCUGCAGGUGCAAAUCCGGAUGAUGCAGAGCAAAUUCAAUACCCUGAAAACGCUGAUCACGACGAACGCCACGCAGAAGCGGCAAACGACGGAGGUGCCCAACCUGCUGAUGGACGUGCAACACCACCACCACCAUCAUCAUCAACAACAACAACAUCACCACAAGUACAAUGCGAGUUCGAACGUGGAGCUGGAGAGUCAGUACGAUGACGGCGACGGGGAAGAUGAUGAUGACGAUGACUACUAGAUAAGUGCCAGUAAGCUUUACCAAUAGUCAACGGCAACUGAAACCUCUAAGGAUCGAGCCUUCGUUGUCGAAUUCUAUUUCUUUUUCAUUAUUAGUGCGCUUAGAUCAAACAUAACUUACGACAGUCGUUCUUUUUUGCAAAGCAAAACAAAAAACAAGACAACUGCGAUUUUAGCGUUCGUUUCGUUACUUUUUCGUUAGUUACAUAUUUUUAUUUAACGAUCAAGUGUGUACGAAGACUUGUUUCAUUUGAUUUUUGUAAACCGUUUUUGUUUUUGUUUGUAUUUUUGCGAAAUGCGCGGCGCUCUACGCCAUUGUCAACAUAUAUUUUUUCUAAUUGAAUCGGAGAGGAGAGUUUGUUUCAAAUACGAGAAACUAAAUUGGGAACCAAAGUGGAAUCAAUCCAAAGAAAAUUAACAAUUUUAUUUAUUUGUUUUUAUGUAAUGUUACGAUAUUUAAAUGUUUUAUGCAUGCGGAAUGAAGGCUUCCUUUUCCUUUUUUGUUUUUCUUCUCUAUGUUCGAAUUUGUCACUGUGAUUGGUGUUUAUUGUUUUUAUCAUUUCUUCCAUUGUUUUCGUCUCGUUUCGUCUAUGUUGAUUGUUGAUCACAAUAUAAAUAUAUAUAAAAAUUAUAAAUAUAUUUAAAAGAGAUGAUUAGUGCAAGUACUUGAAUGCAUAUAUAUAUCUUUGUCACGCAUUUCUUAGACUCUUAGGCACCUAAGACUAAUAUUGAUAUUAAUAGAGCAAUUGCAUGCAUGCGACUACUAAAUUAACGUGUUAAACACACCUCAAUGGUAACGGAAACCUAUUAAUCAACUACUACGACUUCUAUAUUAAGUCUUACUACACUCGUAUAUCAACUUAAAGAAUAUUUGGACUUGCGAGAGACCGGACGGCGAUGAUAAUAAAGGCACGAUCGUGAUGACCUCUCCAUCGGCUCGUUUUCUGCAUGUUCUUAGAAUCAAAGUCAAUUUGUACACGAGACUAAGCCGAUUAGUGCAAUAUAUUUAGCAUUUAAGGAUGUACAAUUUAUUUAUCUGGUUUAUUUAUCAUUGAUGAUUAUUUUAUAAUUUUUGUAUUCUGAGAGCAGAAAAUAAGUGAUGGAAAAUAUCGGGACAGACUAUUUUUUUUAAAUUCAUCAAAUAUUCCCAUUGUUGGACAACAUCGACGCAUUUCCAUUGAAUACUCUUCUUUAAGACUGAUAAUUACUUUAAGGAAUUUGAAGACACUAAAGAGGAAUUGAGCUUACGCUUCGAGAAUAAGUGUGAACUAAUUGAAGUCCUGACUUCAAAAAUAAUGUAUCAUUGAUUUUAUUUAAUCUUUAGUUGUAUAAGCAACUUUUUCUCACGAAUAUAAACAAUUUGAAAAUAAUGGAAUUGAUGCUAAAUUUCCAAGAUUAAUUUAACACACUUAAAAACAUUGAAAUUAAAGUGAAAAUGUGUCGAAAUGAAAAGACUAAUGACAUUAUUAAGUAAUGUUAUAUCAAAAGAGUGAUAGGGUUGAAUUAUAUUUGAUAUUUUGUAUAAAGGAAAUGCGUUUGUAGGACAACAAUGGGAAUUCUUUUGAUCGCGAACUGAAGGACAGAUGUGUAUAUUUUUAAUAAACGAAAUUAAAUUGUUGGAAUAAUAUAUGAAAAAAGAUAGAAAAAAGAAUAAGGAGAAGGAGAGUAUUAGAUAUUUGUACCUGAAUUUUUUGAUGGAAAUAAUUUUGUGUAUAUAGAUAUGUUAUGGAAGCGAGUACGUAAAAUGUGUUAGACAAAAAUGAAAUUUCUUCUUCCGGAAGCUGACAACGUCUUCGUUUAGUGCACUUCAACUCGCAAAUGGGACUACUUGCUAAAAUUGAUAUCAACGUUAUUUCAAGAUUUAUUUUACAAUUAUCAUAUAGAAGAGGGACUUGUGAUGAUGAGAGAGGGGCGAGAAAUUUUUCGACAAUAUUUUUAAGCUAAGUAAAUUUACAAACAAACUAAGGAAGAAAAAAGUACGCGUAUUUUAAAAUUUUAAAAAUCAUACAGCUCAGUAUUAUCAAAUGAGUUUAGAUUCGUUUUUAAUUCCAAUUUAUACACUAUUUUUCACUUAUUUAUUAUUAUUAUUUUUUAUAUAG